AUGGUGCCACAGCUGCACAGUGCCAACCCACAGGCCCCCAGCAUCCAGGGGUCCAUCCCCCAGACCCUCGCCAGCCAAGUCUCCAGCCCACCUGGAGAGGCCAAAGACAGCACCCUCUGCUGUUCAGAUUCAAAUGACCAGGAACCAGGGAAAGUGCUGCUGACAGCCUCAGUGAAGCAGCAGCCAGUGAAGUCAGUGAAUGGUUACUACCAGCUGACUGGCGUAGUCUCUCAUUUGGGAGGCUCCGCAUACUCCGGGCACUACAUUAGUGACAUCUUGCAUGCCAGUGGAAACUGGUUCUGCUGUAACGACAGCCAGGUGUCAAUGUCCAAUGAAGCCACUGUGCUGAGGACCAGAGCCCGGAGUGCCUACAUGCUCUUCUAUAUGUUCAGGUACUGCUUACUCUCGCCAUCUAUAUUCUUGUGUUGCUAUAUAUGUGUACGGUUCCUUUCACCCUACAGGGCUUGAGAGCGGGAGGCCCCAGUACACAGGGCCUAACAGGGGCACCAGCCCCAGCAUAAACACGGGCAGCACCUGGACCGGCCUCUAAACACUCAGACCUGCCUGAACAGGGGUAGUACCAGGCCCAGCCUCAAAACCCCCAGCCCAGCCUCAACAGACGCAGCAUCUGGACCAGAUGCAACACCCCCAGCCCAGCCUCAACAGGGGAAGAACCAGGCCCAGUCACAACAUGGGCAGAACAAGGCCCAGCCCCAACACCCUCAGACCUGCCUCAACAGGAAGCUUUAUCGUCUGGGAUUCAGGCCCGUCCUCAUAGGAAACGCGACAAAGGGAAGCAGCUGUAAUGGAGCCUUCUAACCCUCAAUCAGGUCUGGAGGAGGAAUGCAGCACAAAGAUUCAGAGAUGCUAUGAGUAUCUUUUGAAGUUACUCUCCAGUUGUAUUUCAUUUGAAUAAAUACAGACAUGAAAAUCCGGC